AUGAAGCUUCUGCUGCUGAGUAUGGGCUUGGCCCUGGUCUGUGGCCUCCAACCUGAGUAUAGGAGAUCAGAGGAAGACCUGUCAGAUGAAAAGGAACAAAAAUGGGAACAGCUUUCUGGACACUGGCACACUGUUGGAUUGGCCUCAAGUGACAGAUCUCUGAUUGAGGAGGAAGGUCCCUUUAGGAAUUUUGUCCAAAAUAUCACUGUAGAGAAUGGAAACCUAAAUGGACUUUUUUUGACAAGGAAAAAUGGCCAAUGCACUCUAUUAUUUCUUAAUGCUCUCAAGACUAAUGAAGCAGGUCAUUUUAAGUUGAACUAUUAUGGAACUACUGAUAUCUACUAUGAAAGCUCUAAGCCAAAUGAAUAUGUCAUAUUCAUUUUGUAUAACCACCACAAUGGGAAAGUAAAUGUUGUGGCAAACCUCUUUGGCCGGACUCCAAAUCUGAGCAAUGAAAUCAAAAAGAAAUUUGAGGAAUAUUUUACAAGCAGAGGAUUUAGGAAGGAAAACAUUUUAGAUGUAUCUGAAGUUGCUCAAAAUGGCUUAGGAAUAGAUCAGAGGUUCAAUCUAACCUCCUCAACUGUGACAUGCGAUCAUAGCACAAAUAGUUAUUUGGAAGGCAGCCUGUUACAAUAUGUUCUUAUAAAUGAACUUUGGAGAAAAGGAACAGUAGGUUCCUCAGGGGACGGAACAUUGCUGUCCUUGGAAUUAUUGAAGAAUAGCUAA